GAUGGCUUUGAAACACUGGUCAGGGAAGAGUGAAGGGCAGUAGCCAGCAAUAACAGCCAACCCUUAGCCAGUGCUACGGACAGAGAACUGGUGGAGCCUUUCUUGGCUUCGCAGAACUUCAGCACCUUGGACAGCUCCAGAACACCAGGUCCCUGAGGAACGCUACCCAGCAAGAGGCACAGAAAUGGAAAGCAGACACAAGCCCCAGCUCCUGGUGUCCCUGAUACUUUGCAGUGUGCUCUUCUCGCAAACAUUGGCAUGGCCACUUUACGGAGCCCCAGGAACUCUAAGAAUACAACCGGAAGGAGCAAAUGAACCUGAUCAGGUUUCAUUAAAAUCAGAUACUGACAUCCUGCAAAAUGUGUUAGCUGAAAAUGACACACCCUAUUAUGAUGUAUCUAGAAAUGCCAGACAUGCUGAUGGAGUUUUCACCAGUGACUUUAGCAGACUCUUGGGUCAACUUUCUGCCAAAAAAUACCUUGAGUCCCUUAUUGGAAAACGAGUUAGCAAUAACAUCUCAGAAGAUCCUGUACCAAUCAAACGUCACUCAGACGCAGUCUUCACUGACAACUACACCCGCCUUAGAAAACAAAUGGCUGUAAAGAAGUACUUGAACUCAAUUCUGAAUGGGAAAAGGAGCAUUGAGGGCGAACCUCUCGAUUUUCCUGACGAGUUAGAGAAAUGAUGAAAGUGCUCUUUGCCGCAAAGUUGAUGACAACUUCCCAAUGAAUUCUUGGAGGAAAAUGAUAGACAAAGUAAUCACAUUUUGAGUUCUACAUGAGUAAUUCAAGAAAACAAAUUCAAUGUCAAACCAAAUAAAUUAUAUUGUGUUGUGAAUGUCAUGAUUUGUUUUAUUCUAAUGUAAUAACUGUGAUGUUUACAUUGUAAAUAUUAUUUCAGAAUUUAAAAAUUUGUCUUAGCUCACAAGAGCUUGUAAUUUCAUAUGCUCUAUAUUCUUUCUAACAAAAAUAUAUUUAGUGAUAAGUAGCUAUUAGGGUAAUUAGAACUACAUGAGGCUUUUGGGAUGGGUAGCAAUAGAACAAAAUCAAUGUGUUUAUUUAUAGAGUAUACUUAACUACUCAGAAGAGUAGAUCAGAUAAUUAGUGUGUCUAAAUUUGAAUGUUAAGCAGAUUGAAUGCUAUGUUAAAUAAAUCUCAAAAUAUCUAAGAGGAUUCCAGCAACAAAGAUAUACUCCUAAAAAGGUUUUCAGGAAACUUUAUGCAGUUCCACAUUUCUAGUGGGAUUAAAAUCUCUCACAUUUGGAUCAGUAUUUGCUAGAGGGUUUCUUUUGACCUAAUGAUUCGACUAAAGAGAAUGAUGCCUGUUUCUGGUGUUGAACCUUCACACUUGUGUAGUAUGUGUAAACUGUGAACUGAAUGGAACACUUGUUUUUCAGUAAUAAAUUUUUUUUCAUAGUCACCCAAAAUACUGCUUUGGUCAUAUCAGCUUCAUUCAGUGAAAGUACUUUUGGAGACACAACUAUUUUUCCAAAGUGAUUGUAAGAAAUUAAAUACAGAAAAUAAAGA